CAAAGUGUGUCAAACUCAAAAGUUAGGUUAUAGUUGGCUUUUUGGUUGACUUAUAACACCUUUUGGUUACAAAACAUUACUUUACUAGCUUAUUACGAAAGAUAAAGACUUAAAAACAAAUAAAACAUGGCAAACUCCGGAAAAGGCACUUUUCAGCCGGAUUCAGAUGUUCACAUUUCUUAUGAAGAUCAACAAAAGAUAAAUAAAUUUGCUCGACUGAACGCCAAAGUCGACGAUCUUAAAGAUGAACUAAAGAUUAAGCAAAAUGAUAUGAAAAACUUAGAAGAAGCUGUAGAAGAAUUAAGUUUGGCUGAUGAAUCUGAUAAAAUUCCUUACCUUGUUGGAGAAGUCUUCAUAUGUCAAAGCCUCGAAGACACAUUAAAAUCGUUAGAAGAAAAUAAACAAAAGAAACAGAAUGACAUAAAUGAAUUAGAAGGCAAAUGUGAAGAAUUAAAAUCUCUUAUGAGUGAACUAAAAGCCCAUUUGUAUGGGAAAUUCGGAAGUCACAUUAACUUAGAAAAUGAAGAAGAUUAGUCUCUUAUUCUAUAUAGGUCCUGUUAUAUUUAUUAUUUAAUGUACCAUUUCUUCAGGUUUGAUAGAUUCACUUUAAAUUGGAAAUGUAUCACUACAAAUACAAGACAUUUAAAACCACUAUGUUAAAUAUAUGUUUUUUUAAGGUAAAAAAGCAAUGACUAAAAUAAUUUACAUAAAAAUGUUUAAUUGUUCCCUCUCUUGAAACUUAUUAUUAACUUCAAUUUCUAAUAUUCACUAUAUAAAAAAUAAAAUUAUUUGUAAAGCCAGAU